AGAAAUCUUCAGUUAGUGGGUGUCAGUACAGCUCAAUUCCAGGAGCUGGGUUUUGACUGCUGGAUAAGGAUUUGGAGCUGACGACAGGUGCUGUGAGUGUUCAGCACCUACCGUGCAAAAAGGUGUCUGCAGAGAGCGACUGUGAAAGAGUCACAAAACACUGUCUUGGAGACUGGAAUCUCAAACUUGUGGCCCCGAAGAUAGGAGGAAGGAAGGGGAUGUGUGUGAGAUGCUGCACCAGAAGGUAGUACAGCCGGUUAGACACUAAGAGUAGUGGCCUAUAUGUGUUUUCUCCCAGGUUAGAGAAGGUAUCUGGGCUAUGGAGCUUGCUCAAGAUUUUCUGAUUAUGUCCUGAGACUGUUGGAAGGGAGCUGGCCUGAGCCAGGAUCCAGAGACCAGUAACUUGGUACCUGGAUGCUCUUGUAGAAAAAGAGAUGAAGACCAUGCUUAGCUCGUUGAUGACUGAAGAACUGACAUCAUCCUGCUGUCCAAAUGUGAAAGUAAAUACCAUUUCCUGCUUUGACUUCAGGUGAGACUGUUCAGGGAUUCCCAUGAAGCCUCUAUGUUAUGGUGCAUUUUCCAUCUGUGCUGUGAUAAAGUCGAAAGGAUGGGUUCCCUCUCAGAGGAUUGUGAGCUGCCUGGAAUGAAUGAGUAUCCACACCACCUACAUGCUGGCCAGGGGAGGAAUCAUGCUACUGGAUAAGCCUUUGUCACUGAGACUUGCUGGACUCGUUUGUUCUGACUUGCCUAUGACUCCUUGCUUUCCUAAUUUGGGCGAUAAAGUCUCAAGUCUGCUGAGAUGCUCUACAUUGUGUUCGGCGCUCGGGACAGCACAUCUUCCAGGUAUUGAUCCAGCUGAACACAGCAAUGAAGCCCAUGGAGCCGUGGAAGAUAGCAGUCAUCACUUUGUCAGUGGUGUUGGGUUUGGCCCUUGUCAUUGGCUUGAUCACAUAUUAUUUGUGCAGUGAUGAGGACCGAUAUUACAACACAACUUUCAAAAUCUCCAAUGUCGACUAUGACCCUUACUACCGGAGGCAAACCACUGAACAGUUCAGGCACCUGAGUGAAGAGAUUGAAACAAUGAUGUCCAGAAUAUUUAAGGAGUCCUUUUUGAGCAGAAGAUAUAUCACGUCCCAUGUUGUCAGUCUAAGCCCAGAUCCUGGUGGAGUGCUUGCAUAUGUCGUUCUGGUAUUUAAAUUUGCCUCAGCUGAUAAUGAAGCAGCAACCUGGGGUCACAUCAACAGAGUGUUACGCAAAGGGCUGAAAGCAAGCGUCACAUUCUUGGAAGUUGACCUGUCUACCCUUAGACUCACAGAGCUGAACAAGGAAAAGGGAGAAAACCUUUUAAACAACUGCUGUGGGAUAAGGAGGCAGAUGACCUCCUUUUCGGGAGUGGAGCGAAUAGCUGGUGGGCAGCUUGCACGGGAUGGGGAAUGGCCCUGGCAGGCCAGUAUUCAGCUUGACGGGAUUCAUCGCUGUGGUGCGUCGGUGAUCAGUAAUACAUGGCUUCUGACUGCAGCCCACUGCUUCAGAGGAGGAAAAGACCCUCGGAGGUGGACUGCCAGCUUUGGGACUCUGCUGAGACCUCCAAAACAAAAGAAAUUUGUCCGAAACAUUAUCAUUCAUGAAGAAUACAAUGACCGUCUCCAUAACCAUGAAUAUGAUGUGGCUGUUGUGGAGCUUGCCACCCCUAUCAGGUUCACGAGUGAUGUUCACAGCGUCUGUCUUCCAGAAGCAUCUCAUGUCUUCCCAGACAACACCACCUGUUUUGUCACAGGUUGGGGAGCUCUGAGGAAUGAUGGCUAUAGUGUUAAUCAACUUCGACAAGCAGAAGUGAAAAUUAUAAGCACCAGAAUUUGUAAUUUGAGACAAGUGUACCACGGAAUGAUAACACCUGGAAUGCUGUGUGCAGGAUACUUAGAGGGGCAGGUGGAUGCCUGCCAGGGUGACUCUGGUGGACCACUGGUGAACGCAAACUCCAGAGGAAUUUGGUAUCUUGUGGGAAUAGUGAGCUGGGGAGAUGAAUGUGGCAAGGUGAAUAAACCAGGAGUAUACACACGAGUGACUUACUAUCGAGACUGGAUCGCCUCCAAAACGAACAUCUGAAACCUGCAGUGGGCUAAGCUCUGUGGCCCAUGUGUAAGGUUAUUCCUCUGACACAUUCUGCUCUGUGGUUACCCUCUACUUGGCUGCUGACUUGGUUUGUGGUGAUGUAUCAAGUGCCAGCAAGCUCAGGGUGGUCUAGGAUUUGAAAUUGCUUUGGCCUACAGCCAGAGAGGAGUGGACUUCAUCUAUAUUAUUAGGAGCUACUUAUUCAGGAAGUACUCUGCUGAAGAGGCAGCAACCUUGGCCUCUCUGCCCUGUGCUUCCCCCUUUCACUGUGACAACUGCCUUUGUACCUAGACAACACCCUUCAGUGCAAUGGUCGCUCACCAACGUCCUAGUGAAAUCAUAACUGAAACAUGGGGCAUCUGUUUGCUGUGUGCUCUCAAGGCUCCAUCUAGCUAUGGGUGAGCUAGAAUCAAGCCUCAGACUCAACUACUGGACUUGAGAAAAAAAUGUACUUUCCUUUCACACCAGUCUAUUGUCAUGUGAUAAUAUUUGAAUUUCCAUUUUAAAACUUUGUGUUGUAUGGUUCUGAAUAAAAGUCCUGUUGGCUUUUUGUGCAGUGUG